AUGGCCAACCGCCUGAUAACUAAUUCCACCCCAUUAUAUGCCUACCGAGCGUACUUGGAAAAUUUGUUGGGGUACACACCGGCUGCCCUAAAAAGCCAGGCAACAAGUGCUGGAUUUUAUAUAGACACUCCCGGGUACCUAGAAGAUCAUGCCAAUAACGCUGGAGAAGUAACGCGAAAAGCUAUGUUUGUGACCAACGAGUACGUCCCGUUCAGCGCCAAAUUAUGUACGGACAUUUUUCAGCAGGGAAAAAAUUUGAUCACCGGUGUACCGCUACAUGUGCGCCUCAUUUUGAAUAAGCCGGAAUUCUACCUGCGUUCAUAUGCCAAUCUUCCAGUGGAUACCUUUAAAGCAUACAUUCGCAAUCCGCGGUUGUACGUCAAACGCUUUGUGCCUAAUCCGGCAUAUUUGUCUGCGCUUACUGCCCAAUUAUCGACAAAGACUGUGAAAUACCCUAUUGAGCGAGUGUGUAUGCGUGUUAAUGAUAUUGGUAUGAUUCAGAGCACAGUGCUGGCUAAUUUACAUAUUGGAGCAGUACCCAAAUGUGUUUUUGUGGGAUUUGUAAAAAGCUCGAGUUUUCACGGGCUGCGCCGAGGUAAUCCGUUUAACUUUGAACAUUUCAAUCUCAACUAUAUAAGUGUCGAAGUCGACGGACAGUCGUAUCCCGCACAAGCCUACCGACCAAAUUUCGCCACGGGUGAUUAUUUGCAAUCAUAUGACGGUCUGUUGGAGACGCUCGGCCGCUUGCACGCACCGGACGGGGCGCUGCCUUUCGACCGUAAAGCAUUUGCGGAAGGAUUUGCUAUUUGGGGAUUCGAUCUGACACCUUCACGGACAGGCCGGGGACCGAUGAGCACCGUGCGCCAAGGAAAUCUAUCAAUCCGCCUGCAGUUCGCCGCCCAAUUAACUGAACCAAUUAUGGCCAUUACGAUGAUGGUGUGGGAUAAUAUUAUUGAAGUCAAUUCACAUCGCCAGCUAAUUGCGGAUUUUACAGCGGUCGCCAGCGGGGUGGGCGCGCCGUCGGCCCCUUUGACGCUGAAGAGAAUCGUGACGGAUGUGGUAAACAAUGGGCGACCGGAGCGCUUCGCGCUCUCGGUCGCCAUUGUUCUACAGGACAAAGUGUAA